AUCCCGCGACCGACCCGAGACGUCACUAUGGGCCGAUCCCCUGCCGCCUCCCUCCUCCUCCUCCUCCUCCUCCCGCUGCUGCUCGCCCACGCCAUCCGCAACCCCAUCCGUCUCCCGUCCGAUCGCCCCGCCGACGACGCGGUGGGCGCCAAGUGGGCCGUCCUCAUCGCCGGAUCCCGCGGCUUCUACAACUACCGCCAUCAGGCAGAUAUUUGUCAUGCUUAUCAAAUUAUGAAGAAUGGUGGACUGAAAGAUGAGAACAUUAUCAUUUUCAUGUAUGAUGACAUUGCAAAACAUGUGGAAAAUCCUAGACCUGGGAUCAUAAUCAAUCACCCAGAGGGUGGGGAUGUUUAUGCUGGAGUUCCAAAGGAUUAUGUUGGAGAUGAUGUCAAUGUGAACAACUUCUUUGCUGUACUCCUUGGAAAUAGAACUGCUUUAACUGGAGGAAGUGGGAAGGUAGUAGAUAGUGGUCCAAAUGAUCAUAUCUUCAUAUUCUACUCUGAUCAUGGUGGACCUGGAGUUCUUGGGAUGCCCACCUUUCCUUACCUUUAUGCUGAUGAUUUGAUUGAUGUGUUAAAGAAAAAGCAUGCGUCUGGAACUUAUAGAAGCAUGGUAUUUUAUCUCGAAGCUUGUGAAUCUGGGAGCAUUUUUGAGGGUCUUCUCCCUGAAGACAUAAAUAUAUAUGCAACCACAGCAUCAAAUGCUUAUGAGAGUAGUUGGGGAACUUACUGCCCGGGACAGCACCCUAGCCCUCCCCCAGAGUUCUAUACCUGUCUGGGGGAUUUGUACAGUGUUGCUUGGAUGGAGGACAGUGAUAAACACAAUUUGAGGACUGAAACAUUGAAGCAGCAGUAUCAGCUGGUAAAGACCAGAACUGCUGUUAACGAUACGUAUUUGUUUGGUUCACAUGUCAUGGAAUAUGGGGAACUCGAACUCAACAUGCAAAACCUUUUCUUGUAUGUGGGUUCAAAUCCUGCCAAUGAAAAUGCCACUUUCAUUGAUGAUAACUCAUUAUCAUCAUUUUCUAACGCUGCUGUUAAUCAGCGGGAUGCAGAUUUAAUCUACUUCUGGCAUAAGUAUCAAAAGGCACGUGAAGGCUCUUCUCAUAAACGUAACGCUCAGAAGGAACUUCUCGAAGUAAUAUCACAUCGGUUGCAUAUAGACAAUAGUAUAGAAUUCAUCGGGAAGUUGUUGUUCGGUUCUAAGCAAGGGUCAGAAGUGCUGAAAACUGUUCGCCCUGCAGGCCAGCCUUUAGUGGAUGAUUGGUCCUGCCUCAAAUCGAUGGUGAGGACUUUUGAAGCACACUGUGGAUCUCUAUCUCAGUAUGGGAUGAAACAUAUGCGGUCUCUAGCAAACAUCUGCAAUGCGGGUAUCAGCAAGGAGAUGAUGGCUGAGGUGUCUGCUGAAGCUUGCAUUAGCAUUCCUGCCGGUCAGUGGAGUUCUCUCCAGAAGGGAUUCAGUGCCUGAGGUGACAAUGAAAGACGGCCAGUAGUAUGUUACUGAUUGUGCAUAGUAUACAAUGAAGUUGCUUGGAUAUCUUCUCCUGCAAUGUGAAUAUAUUGCUGAAAGGCUGGAGAAAUUUGCAUCCGUUUGUGUCACUUACUUAGUCCAUGGAUUAUUGUAGAAAAUUCGUGCCUGAUACUUGAGACUAAGGCUGAGCUCAUGAGUGGCUCUUUGUUAGUAGUCUGUGUUAUCGUUGGGCAUCCAUAAUGAGCUAUUGUGCAAUUAAACUGCUGUUUCCUUGUGUCC